GCUCCAGACAGUCGGCUAGAAGAAUCCUCAUGGCUUUGGUCGAGAUGGGUGCUCCGCGAGUUACGCCCUACUUGGCGACCAAAGGUAUUGGCGCAGGCAUGGCAGUGACGGGUGACGUGCAUUGGGAGAUGCCAGACGCACUCAUCUCACGAACGGCGGGACCGUUUUUUGACAUGCCAGCAAUCCAGCAGCGUUGGCCGCUUCCACAGUUGCCGACAGACAUCUUCACUCCGAGUCGUGACGAGACCCGUCAAGCUAUCUUAAAGACCGCAAAGCACGAAGAGAUCCUGGAUGCUUUCACGUCUGGUGGGGGAGUGCAGACGUCUGGGUGCGAGAUGUCGGAGAAGGAGAAGUGGCAGCUGCACCGAAAGGGUGCAUGCUUCCCUUGUGUCGCUUUCGCCCUCCGCGAGGGUGGCUGCUUCAAAGGUGACAGCUGCUCGCAUUGCCACUUCUGUGACGCGAAGUCCGCGAAGACUCGCAGGCGACAGCUCCAGCAGGAGUCACGCAGACGCCGCAGGGCAGAGUUGGCCCGGCAAGAGCGGACUGCGCCGAAGCCUGAGCCGGUGGCACCCGUCCCGGAGAAGCAGCUCUUUUGGCUGUGA